AUGGACUAUCCGAGUGAAGCCAAUGGGUGGUACAUCUAUGGCCCUCACUUCACGCGCUUUCCCAUCGCGCCCACGCACGGCGGCUACGCGGCAGCCGGGCGCGAAGUGGAAUUGGUACCUCUUCAAUCCACCUGGCUCAAGCGCACCACCGAGCUCUCUGAAGAGCUCCCACCGGCACAGCGCCGCUGGCUUCCUGCCCGUGAGCGGCUCACCGUGCAGGGCUCACCCUUAGGCGGCCUGGUGCGGGCGAGUGGCGCUGAAGGACGCCGCCAUGCUGGCAGUGCGGACCACUUCCAGGUGCAGCUCACCACUGAGAGUGAGGCUCAAGUGAAGGCCUGGCAAAGCAGGUGGAUCAUCUACCAACCACACUGGCAGCUGGCGCCCGGACUGAUGGAAGCACUCCAGGCCACCUAUUUGAAGCGCUCCUGGCAAGUCUCCCAUACGCUUCCUCCGCACGAAAAGCUCUACAUUCGCCCCCACGAGCGGCUCCGCUUGGGGACUGCGGGCUUGCCAGCGCCUGAGGGCCAUCUUCAGGUGGACUUAGAGCCUGUGGAGCUGGAGCGUUUGCGCGCCACGGAGCCACGCAGCCCUUUGUGUCGCUACUUCUCGGCGGAUCCGCUGCGGCUGCAGCAGGAGCUCGAGACCUGCUUCUCCGAUGCCCGAUUCGGUCCCGCGAGUCUCGCGACGCGCGCGGGAACUGGCGCGGGAGCUCUGGUGGGUUUACUGCUGCCACAUGGCGCCUUCUGCAACUCGGGCUUCGUAGCGGCCCACGGAUAUCAGCUGCUUGCGGACUCGCUCACAGGUCCGUUGGACUUGGCCGUCUUGAUUGGGAACAACCAUGCGGCCUGGAAUCGCGUGGCCCUUUGCGAUCAGGAUUGGGCCACCCCCUUGGGCGUGCUGGAGGUCGACCACCGCGCGCUGAAGCAGCUGCUUUGCGCAGUUCCGGGUGUCCCGGUGCAGCGGCAGGUGCAUGCCACCGAGCAUUCGAUCGAGAACCAGCUCCCCUUCCUCCAGCAUUUGCAGCUCAGCGGCGAGACUCGCCUCCGCAUCCUCCCCGUGGGUGUGGGUGCUGUUGCGCUGUCGGAGGCACAGCAGCUGGCCAACCAGCUUGCGGCACUGGUGCGUAGCGUGGAGCAUGGACACCAGGUGGUGGUGAUUGGUACGACCGAUUUCUCCCACGAGGGCCCCAGCUACGGCGGCCGCUGCAUGUUUGUGCCGGAGAUCACACGUCUCACAAAGGAGAAAGAUAAACCACUGCUGGAGGCAGUGAGGGCCAUGGAUGUGGAGAAGCUCUUGAGCCUUGCCCAGGCGAGGUCCUGUACCAUGUGCGGCGCGGGCGCCGCCGCCGUGCUCCUGCUGACGUGUCAAGCGCUGGGCGCGUCGCAGUGUCGACAGCUGCGGUAUUUGGUGAACACCGAGGUGACACCUUGUGACAGUACAACGGGCUUCGCGGCCUUUGCCUUGGAGAAAAAGGAACGUCGCGACGCCGGACGUCCCGCCCGGUCAUGUUUUUUGAUCUGA